AUGGACCGUAAACAGGAGAAGACUACCUUAGGGAUGGAAGAUUUGGAAAUAUUGGCUGAAUUGAAGAAAUUAAAGAAAGCCCUUGGUGAUGGCCAGAGUUCCUCUCUAUCACAAACGCAAAUCCUGGAUGAAUCGAUACGUCUUUCUGAAAACAAUUAUCAAGUUUCAGCUGGCAUUGCCGUCGAAGCCGAAACCCACGGCUUCGAACACUGUCUCGAAGAAGAUCCCAACUCGUCAGCCACAUCAAAUGAGGAAGAAGAGGAAGAGGACGUAAAUAAUGAAGAAGGAUUUGAUAAUGAACGUAAAAAUUUGCACGAAGACGAGAAAGGGAAUGAUUACGGGGACAUACACGAGGAUAUAUAUAGGAGUUAUUAUGAGCAUGAAGAUGGGAAUGAAGAUGAAGACGGUAAUAGUGAUGAUGAAAAUAGGGAUGAUAAGAAUGGGGAUGGGAAUGAGGAUAAAGGUUAUGAAGAAACCAACUAUGAAGAAGAGACCGAGUCUAGGCAAGUCAUGUCGCCCAAUUUAUCAAAUGGCCUGUCCGCACAUACUUUACCCAAUUCUACACAAUAUCAUUUCUUAAAUGAAAACGUUCAGCUUUCUCUCAGACAUCCGGCCCGCAUUUCAUCACCGCUGAAACAGAGCUAUAUACCUGAAUCCAUUGUAUUUGAAUCAGAUAGUGAAGAGGAAGGACUUUCGGAAGAUGAACUUUCUUCUGCCAAUAUAUCAUUUCCUUCUGUAAGAGACGUUAUCAAUGCAGCAUUCGAGAGUUCUGCUAGCGAUAAUUUGUGCAAUAGUAUUAUAGUCGAAGAACCAGAAGAUGAAGAACAACAGUCCAAGACAGAAGACGAUAUAAAACAAAAUUCUGAGGGAGGGGUAGAUGGACUAACUCCGAAAAGAAGCGAAAGCUUACUGGAUCAAAUAUAUGAGUUGAAAGCAUUAUAUUAUUCUGCAAGAAAAGACAGAUCACUUGGAGGUUCUUCGGAUUAUACAGGUUCUGUGUUUGCUAACGUCCAGAACUUUAGUGAAACCAAGCUACUAACGAGCACGGGUGAAUCUAACGCAAAGACAUACGAUGGAGAUCAAGUAUCCGAAACUCGAUCAAUAGAAACGUCUUCUCCUACAAAGUCGAAUAUGGAGCAAUUUAGGGGGAUCAGAAAAUUGCCAUCUGCAUUGGACAUAAGCGAUGUCAAGCAAUUGAAGAGCAGGUUUGAAAGAAAGAAUGCAUUCGUUGCCAAAUUCAAUGCGUUAAAGAAUGAAGAAACAGGAUUAACUAUAUGGAUUCGCAUUACUAUGCAGCAGCCGCAAGCACAACCACCUAAAUAUUACAAGAAGAUGGGAGGCAAGUCAAAUACAGACGACAACACUUCAAUAACAUCAGGAAGUACUACUGAUCUUUCGGUACAAGACACCUCCAAUCCGCAAUCGCCGCUGACCAAUCGUGAAUCUUCCAUAACACCGUCGACUUCCAUCAGUUCUUCCAGAUCAUCCAAGUCUUCACGUAUGUCGUUUGAUCAGCCGUCUUCUAUUCGACACAAAACGUCGUUGGGACAUACAUCUUCCACGCGAUCAAAAACCCCUACGUUCCUAUCAUCCAUAGGUCGUCGCACGAGUCUGAGCAAAGCUAGCAGUAAAUCAGUGGCGUAUGUACACGCUCCAGUAAUGUACCAGGUGUCACCCAAUUCUUCGAGUGCCUCAUUAUCCAGUUCGCCCAAACCUCCACCGACACCAAACACACUCAAGAAACAAAGACGAUUCAGUUUGCAAUCUGUAACGUCAAGAUUUAGUUUCGGGUCUAAUUCGAGUAGCGCAAGCGAGGAAAAAUUUUCAAAUGGUAGCACACACUCGUUGGAUACGCUCGUGGAAGUUGACGAAAAGGCACUAAAUAAGUUAUGCGAUAUAAUACCACAUGCUGAUAGAGAUGUAUUAAGAGAAUAUUUGCAAAAGGCUGGUGGGAAGGAUGAUUUACUUGCUGUGGGAUUAUACAUGAGAGAUUUUAAGAACGAUUGGCUUGUUAAUUAG